AAAAAAAAAACUCCAGCACUACCCGCUCCGUUCCCAAGUCGCGACGCCGCAGGCCGCAGCCAACGGACCCUGUCCUCGCAGCGGCGCGCUCCGCUCGACUCUCCCGCGCCGCAUCUCCACCUUUCCUCUCCGGCUCCGGCCCCGUCUUCAACGUGAAAAAGGGAAGCUGUGCUAGAGGGGGCAUGGGGAGAGGACGACCUGUACCAAUUGGAUCAGGGAGGAUCAUGUAAAGGUAGCGCCGGGAAGUUCCUGUCCCUUGUGGUGAACCAAACAGCACCUUCAGGUCCAGGAUUUGCUUGCAGCACGCUACAGUCAAUCACACCCAGGCUAUGGAGGAGGCAACAGCGGGAGAGCGGAAGAGGCUGCGCGAGGGCGACGCGGUUACUUCCGCCGCGGCGGCGGCGGCCAGGGACCCUCAGUACACAUACCUGUCUAUCGCCGACGCCCUCAAGGUUCCCGGCGUCCGGGUCUGCAUCUUAGCCGUCGUCUCCGAGAUCGGCACCGCCGUCCGCAGCCGUGGCACGGUUUUUGCAGAUUUCACUCUUACGUUGAGGAUUGUGGAUCAAUCACGCCCGGCUGGAAUCUCUGCAACAUUUUUUGCUGAGGACACUGCCCUAUUGCCCUGUGUUAAGUCAAGUGGAGAUGUGAUCAGUCUCCAUAACGUCACGAUAACAAUGCAUGGGGAGUUCUUUGUUACAUUUAACAAAAAGUUUUCUUCAUUCGCGCUAUUUGAAAGCAAAGUAUUUGCUGAGUGCAGCCCAUAUCAGUCUUCUAUGAAAUAUCGUGGCAGGAUAGAUGACAAAGAACUUUUAACCCAGCAGAGAACAUGGCUUGCAUAUAAUCUUCUAGGUCUGAAAGAUCUUGAAUUGCAGUUAAGGAGUUUAAAGUCUGAUUCUACUUUUGAUCUAGUAUGCAAGGUUGUUCAUGUCUGUGAAGAUAGUGGCAAAUGGAUUUUUUAUGUUUGGGAUGGAACUGACACCCCUGCAGCUGAGUUUCAGGCAAUUUCGGAUGCUGAAGCAGUUCAAUUGCCCCCUCUACUUGAAGGACCACCUCUACACAGGGAGGUUUUGUGCACAAUGCCAUGUGUAGGAACUGUUCUGAGGAUUUAUUCAAACAGGUUUAUCAAGGAAGUACUACACAUGCAAAAGGGUAUUUAUUGGGCCAAGUUCUGCAACAUUACUUGCAAAGAAGAGUUUGGCAUAUGGAAAGGCAUUUUGCUGCCCACUAGUAGAGUUCGCCUUUUAUCUCAUGAAGAUGGUAGCGUUGUUGAUCGUCUGAAGAUGUAUGACAGCCGCAACGCCAACAAAGUUCACUGCCAGCCGAUGACAGGCUUCCCCUCUAAUGUUACUGGUGUAGAUGUAGAAUAUGAGAAAGAAGGUUACUCAACGUUAAUGGAGUCUUUAACUCAUGAUGAGGUGACACACAAAGCGAAAACCUUGGUCCGUGUUGUGGGAGCAUUUCCAUGUCAACCCAGUGUAGUCCGUUCGUUGCUUUCAACUGGUACAUAUACUAUGCGGUUGACUCUUGAGGAUCCUACAGCGAGAAUCCAUGCGUUAGUCCAUAAGGAUGAGAUGGUCAAAUUCUUCGGUGGUUUUCUGACAGCAGAAGCGGUAAUAAAAAAGAUGAACAAGCUACUGGGCUACCCAGAACCAGAAGACCACGAGGAAGGUGUCCCCUUGACUAGGAAUCCACCUUGGAUAUGGUGUUGCUUGAAAUCAUACUAUAGGGACAAAAGCGAUAUCUGGGGCAGCAGAGCGUACCAAAUCUUUGCCACAGAGAUCAAGGAUUGAGUGGGGAUGCUGCUUGAAUUUGCAGGAACAACUAUGCAAACGAAUCAAACAAAUGUUGUGUAGUAUCUCUAUGUGCUGCCAGUGCUCUCAUUGGCAUUUUGCUUGGAGGGGGCGUUUUGCAAGGAAGCACGGGCGCAGGGCGACACACUUAGUGGUAAACGCUACUAUUGUCAGUGCUAUUCCCUUUAUGUAAUGUAGUUGCAGUGCUGUCGCUGGCCAUCUGGUUAUGUACAAUCAGUGAAUACUGUCCAGAACACUGGUGGCAUUCCGUAGUAGUCUGUAUGUGCCAAUUGUGCGCCUGCACUCUAUCUUAUGAAAUGUUAGUGCACACAUCACCAUCUUUUGGCUUGGAACGUGGCAAGAACCCCUUGUUCGGCGCCUUACAUUUCUGCAAAAUGGAUGUGUUUCUUGUGAA